UGUGGAAUCACUAGCAAACAAGCAAUGUCAUCUAAUGAACAAGAAAGGCUCUUGUGUUAUAAUGGGGAAGUCCUUGUUUUCCAGUUGUCUAACGGAAAUUUUGCAGAUAAAGAGCCUACAAAAACACCCAUAUUACAUGUCAGAAGAAUGGUAUUUGACAGAGGAACAAAAGUAUUUGUUCAGAAGUCCACUGGAUUUUUUACCAUGAAGGAAGAAAACUCUCAUUUAAAAAUCAUGUGUUGUGACUAUGUGUCAGAUUUCAGAACUGGAAUUAAAUUCCCUUACAUUGUGAUACAAAACAGUAAAAAGAAUAAUGUUUUUGAAUACUUUUUAUUAAUUCUUCACAGUACCAAUAAAUUUGAAAUGCGUUUGAGUUUUAAACUAGGCUAUGAGAUUAAGGACAGCCUAAGGGUCCUUAAUGGCCCUUUAAUUUUGUGGAGGCAUGUCAAAACAUUCCUCUUUAUCUCUUCUCAAACUAGCAAAGUUAUUAGUGUGUUAGGUAACCUUUCCUCUAUUCAGUGGGCAGGGGAGAUUAAAAAUUUAGGUAUAGUUUUAUUGGGACUAAAAGAAUGUUAUUUAUCCGAGGAAGAAUGUACUCAGGAGCCUUCAAAAUCAGAUUAUGCAAUUUGGAAUACCAAAUUUUGUAUAUAUUCUCUUGAAAGUCAAGAAGUAAUAAGUGAUACAUACAUUAUUCCUCCUGCUUAUAGCAGUGUGGUGACUUGUAUACAUAUCUGUGCAAGUGAGAUCAUCAACAACCAGUUAAGAAUAUCUCUCAUCGCCCUUACUCGAAAGAAUCAGCUGAUUUCAUUUCAGAAUGGAACUCCUAAAAGUGUGUGCCAGCUUCCAUUUGGAGAUCCUUGUGCAGUUCAACUUAUGGAUUCAGGUGGAGGAAACCUCUUUUUCAUUGUAUCCUUUAGGUCCAAUAAUGCUUGUGCUGUAUGGAGAGAGAACUUUCAGGUUGCUGCUAAGUGGGAAAAAGUUAGCUUGGUAUUGAUAGAUGACUUUAUUGGAAGUGGAACUGAACAAGUACUCCUACUUUUCAAGGACGCCUUGAACUCAGAUUACCUGACUUCAUUUAAAAUAACAGAUCUUAGAAACAUAAACUAUUCGAGUGAACCAUCGGAUUGCAAUGAAGAUGACAUAUCUGAAGACGAACAAGAUAAUCGUUACUUGGUGGUUCCACCUCUGGAAGCAGGACUGAAAGUUGGUUUUUCUUCUUUAUGGGAAUUACAGCAGCAUCUCUUGCUUAAGGAAAAAAUUAUUUCAAAAUCUUACGAAGCUUUAAUAAACCUGGUUCAAGGAAAAGAUGAUAAUACAUCAAGUGCAAAGGAGGUAAAAGAAUGUCUUGUUCCUCUUUGUGGUGAAGAAGAAAAUUCUGUCCAUAUCUUAGAUGAAAAAUUGUCAGACAGUUUUCAAGAUUCAGAACAGCUAGUAGAGAAGAUAUGGUAUCGUGUUAUGGAUGAUAGCUUGGUUGUUGGAGUGAAAACUACAUCAUCUUUGAAGCUGUCCCUGAAUGAUGCGACUUUAUCAUUGUUAAUGAAUCAAGCCCAUGGCUCUGGAUUUCGGCUUCUUAAGUGUCAAAAUAGAGUGAUUAAGUUGAGUACAAGACCUUUCCCAGCACCAUACUUGAUGCCAUGUGAAAUAGGAUUGGAAGCAAAAAGGGUCAAAUUGACCCCUGAUAGCAAGAAAGUGGAAAGCUUUGUUUGUGAACACCCAUCUAAGAAAGAGUGUGUACAUAUAAUUACUGCCAUAACAUCUCUUUCACCACUUUUAGCAUUUAGCAAAUUUUGUUGCACUGUACUGCUACAAAUUAUGGAGACAGAGAGUGCUAACUGCCCUAAAAAUCAUUAUGUUGUGUGUGGCAGAGUUGUUUUAAGUUUAGAAGAUCUUUCAACUGGGAAGUACCUACUGACAUUUCCAAAGAAGAAACCUAUAGAGCACGUGGAAGAUCUUUUUGCACUUCUCGCAGCAUUCCACAAAUGUUGUUUUCAAAUCACAUCACCUGGCUAUGCCCUGAAUUCAAUGAAAGUGUGGCUCUUAGAACAUAUGAAAUGUGAAGUAAUCGAAGAGUUUCCUGAAGUGUACUUUUGUAAAAGGCCAGGAAGUUUCUAUGGGACACUUUUCACCUGGAAACAAAGAACACCAUUUGAAGGGAUUUUAAUAGUCUGUUCCAGGAAUCAAACAGUUAUGUUCCAGUGCCUUCAUAAUCUCAUCAGAAUUCUUCCUAUAAAGUAUUCCCUCAAAAAUCUAAAAUCAGGAAGUGAGAAUUUCCUAAUUGAUAAUAUGGCAUUUGCUUUGGAAAAGGAACUAGUCACCCUUAGUUCUCUUUCUUCUGCCAUAGCUAAACAUGAAAGCAAUUUUGUACAGAGCUGUGAAGUGAGCAAAGGAAAGAGUAGUGUCGUCGCGGCUACUUUAUCAGACAGAAGGGAGGAAAUCUAUCCCUACAGAAAAAAACUUCAGAGAGAAAAGAAGAAAAUGUUGCAAACGAACCUAAAAGUGAGUGGUUCCCUUUACAGAGAAAUAACUUUGAAAGUAGCUGAUGUUCAAUUGAAAUCAGACUUUGCUGCACAGAAACUGAGUAAUUUAUAA